AGCCCUGGGAUUCAAAAGAAAGACAACGAUAAAGAGAAGCGUGCUUUGCCAUUCUAAAAACUUACUUCAAGGAAUACGUUCGAACAUUAAAGAAGUUAACUUUGUUGAAGUAUUACUAAAAAAUAGGAAUUAAAGAAAACCUAUUUACAUCUCGUUCUAUAUCUGUAAUAGGAAACCCCUUUGGGUUUUAUUUCAAGUUCUUGGUGCCCGUUUUCAAAGCAGGCAAUUGUUAAGUUCAUCAAGAUGACAUUCUGGCGAGAUGCAGGACUUACCUAUAUCCAUUACUCCAACAUUGCUGCCCAUGUGGUGCGUCAGGCCCUCCGAGCGGAGCUCCGUGCUAGUGCAGCCAAGCGGGACAUAAGCCAUGUCCAAUUCACUCCCUGGGAGAAUGGAAGGCCUGUGCCUCGCAAGAAGAAAGUUCGUGGUGAUUCCAGUUCUUAGAUGGGUUUGGGAGACUUUGGAUAAUUUGCCACCAAUGUUCAGUUAAAAUUUGCCAAAACCAAACUAAAAUAAUUCAAAUAAAUUUGAAUCACAAAAGA